AUGUGUGAUCGACCUAUACAAAUAGCCGUUAUAGGUGAUAAAGCUGUUGGUAAAACAUCUAUUGUACGUCAAUGGUUAUAUAAUGAUUAUUCUUCAUUAUAUUCAACAACUCGUUUAGCUACAUAUCAUUUUACAUCAUUAUUUAAUGGUCAACGUUUAUUUCAUAUACGUAUAAUUGAUACACCACGUUUUGAUGAUACAAAUAAUACAGAUCCACAACAAGAAUGGGUACGAAUGUAUUGUUUUCGUCGUGCACAUUUAUUUUUAUUAGUAUUUGAUAUAAAUCGUGAAGAAACAUUUAGUUAUAUUAAAAAUAUUUAUCGUGAAAUAAUUCGUAUACGAUAUAAUAAUAAUAAUAAUUUUUAUUCUCAACAACAACAACAACAACAACAACAACAUCAACAACAACAACAAACAGAACAAUUAACUGAUAUUAUUAUUAAUGGUGAUGAUGAACAAUUAACAAAUCAUUUACCUGUUAUUGUUGUUGCAAAUAAAGUUGAUUUUAUUUCAACUGAUUUACGUUUUGCAAAUAUAACAAUAACAAAUUCUCGUGAUAUACAACAAUAUGUUAAAAAAAAUUUUAAAGCUAAUACGAUAUUAUGUUCAGCAAAAUAUCAUUGGCAUUUAGUUUUAUUAUUUAAAGAAGUUUGUCGUAUGUUAGAAACAGUUGAAGAUACUGUUGCUAAACAAGCUGCACAACAAGCUCGACGUAGACUUCAACAACAUGGCAAACAUUGUCAUGUCAUGUAG